GGCGGCGGCGGGGCUGGAGGAGUGCGAGUCGCCUGGAUCACACACAGCGCGUCCAGGCCCCGAGGAGAGAGGUACUCGAGCCUCGCCGCGUACUGGGACCCGCUAGUCUUACUUUGUACUCUUCCUGAAGUGUGGUGGUGUGGUGGCCAUGAAGGCGGUGGUGUUGGUGCUGCUGGUGGCCCUUUGGGUUGGGGGCGAGGCCAAGAAGAAGGACGGACAGCAAGAGGAUUUUGAGUUCGUAGAGGAUGGAAAGGACCACGGAGUACCAGGGCAGCGGCGCCUCUGGAUGCUGGACCCCGACAACGCGUUGUGCGGCCUGCUGAGGUGUGGCAGGAAGGAAGUGUGUCUCCUGCAGGAUAGAUUCACCGCCGUCUGCGUCAACAAGGCGGAGGUGACCAGCAAUGGGGACAAGAUUAUCCCCAUGAAGGACGCCGCCUCUGGCCCUGACAACGACCUGCCAAAGUCCUGGGAUGCCUUGGACGACUAUGAUGAUGACGAUGAUGAUGAGGACUACUACGAUGACGAGGACGAGGACGAGGAGUACCUGCUGGAGGACGAGGACGACGAAGACGAUGACAAAACACAAUAUGGAACGUUAGUGCACCAGCAGCAGCCACAGACCCCGGAACAGCAACAGCAGCAGCAGACCUCACAGCCGCCACAGAAAGCAGGAGCAGGCGAGCCACAGCCACAACAGCAGCAGAGGCUCAACCGAAGGCCCUUUGCUGAGAAGCAGUGCACCGUGUGUCCGGUACUGAAGCCCGUGUUCCUGUGUGGCUCAGACAACCGCACCUACUCCUCACUGUGCCGCAUCGACCGCCACAACUGCCUUCACAACACCGCCGUCAGGAUGGUGUGCAAGGGAUUCUGUCCAUGCAAAGACACCAGCCCACAUCUGGCCAAAAAGGAGAGACUUCGUGAACGGAAGGAUGCUUACCUCACCAAGCUUCGCGCCACCACCCAGGACGCCACAGGAGCCUCAGCCCAAACCUCCUCCCCGGCAGAGUCCUCCAGCAGGGCAGAGGGACGGGAGAACAACACACGAGGCGGCAGGGGGCAGCAGGGGCGUGGCGGCAGGCGGGAGAAGCACAACAAGGCUGGGGACAAGUACAACAACAGGGUGAGGAGUCGCUUCGGCAAGAACAAGAAGGGAGGCAAGGGAUUCAAGCACAGCAAGGACUCCUACGGCAGACUCGAUAAGUACAAUGCUCAGCGCCGCCCUUGGUCUCACCGCAACAACAAUGACGAGAACAAGUACAAGACUUCCAACACGGUGUGGGGUCCCAACGAGUGCACGCAGAAGGCCCUGGAGGCGAUGGGGAACAGGAUGCUUGACUGGUUCUCCGUCAUCAUGGCAGACUCGCGCAGCCGACCCACUGUAGCCAACAAGGCGCCGUCGUGGUGCAAGCCUGAGGUGUCAUGGAUGCUGGGUCACCUGGACAUGGACAGCGACGGGCGGCUGAGCGUUAAGGAACUGUACCAGCUGGAGCACGAUGACCACGAGCGCUGCAUCAAACCUUUCAUCGACCGCUGUGACUUGGACCGAGACAUCUUCCUGUCGGCCCGGGAGUGGUGCAAAUGCUUCGACAAGUCUGAGAGGCCGUGCGCUGCCCUCCGGAAAGCAAGCAAAGGUCUUCUAGGCGGCUACAUCCCGGAGUGUGACAGUGAGGGGUACUACCAGCCCACGCAGUGCCACACGGGCGCCCAAGUGUGCUGGUGUGUGGACAGGCACGGUGUGGAGCUGCCAGGCACACGAACCCGCAACACGCCCAAUUGUGAUGCGAUAGUGAACAGCGAGGAGGUGAGCAACUACGUGGGCGACGAUGAUGAUGACGCCGAGGACGGAGACGAUGAUCUGGACGUAGUAGAGGGCAGUGCCGACAUGCCCCUGGACAUCUAGACCUCCUCCACCCUUGCGCCACGCCGGCUGCCUCGCCACACCAUCACCUCAACACACCAUCGCCGCCCCUAGACACGGAGGUAUGACGAGGCGGCCAGUCAGUCCUGGAGGAGCAGCCGGAGGGCGAGGUGCGUGGUCCUCACGGUGGGGGCGCGGCCGCCACCACCAGGACCCGCCAGUGGCUAGGGCGGCGUCUCCGUCACCCCGAGCCACACCCUGCCUGUAGAUACUCAGUGUCACGAGUCACCCGGCGUGAGGAUCUCCGCCCCAGGACGGGAUCCGCACGCCGCCACGUCAGUAGUCUGGACAGCUGGCGGAGCACUGCUGGCUCACGUCAUCGUUGCCAAGCUCGCACCGCGGAGUGAUCGGCGCCUCAUGAGGCGCUCCGGUGCAGGAGGCGUGACUGCCACACAAAGUCCACAUCAUUAGUGGCAAAGGAGCGCGAGGGUGGACCAGCCGGCCAGCGUUCCGCGCCGCCAGGCCACAGGGUAUCACUCCUCACUGCACGCCACCAACAUACCAAUCAGGGUUAUUCUUUAUGUACCUUUAUUUACUCCAAAUGGAGAGCGUAGCGCGGCUGCCCGGCAACCACCGCCACUCCUGCCAGGGCAACACCCUCGCCCGAGUCACACUCACACCCUGGCCACGCCCUCGCUCGCCACACCCUCGGCGCAGGUCACACCCUCCGGAGCUCUUCAGAUUACUGGCGUCAUAUAAAUAUAUACAUAGUGGAGUCAUGGACAGGGCCGACCCGCCGCCCAUUGCGGGGGAGGGCGGCUGACUGCAGCUUGUAACGAGCAGAGUUGUUAGAUUAGUUUCUCGACACUAAAGUUUCACACUUAAGGUUUGAACGUUUGUACUUUUGGUAGAGGUGCCGCGUCUAGACAUUCCCUUACCUGUACUCGAGGCGCCGCGCUAGAAGGCCGCCUCCACUCUGUACAUAAUAUUACUGAGUGAUAAAGCCAUUGUUUAUUUUAGCAAGUUGAAUUUGGUAGAGCGCGAGAGGCAAGCCGCGCCCUUGACCGAGGUAUGUCUCUCGCUGCGCCGGCCGGCCGCCCCCGCAGGGCGUCCAUCGCCGGGUGUGAGGGUGGGCCGGGCGCCAGACGGCUUCGCUGCUGUGCGCUGAGGCUCUGCUUGCCAGGAUGAGUUACUCCCUCAACCAAAGUUGAUGCAUUUACGUACUGCGAGGAUGAUCUGUAUACUGUGUAUUGCUUCCCGCACCUCAGGCGUCUCGGUGGUGAGAGGCAGGGCCUGGCAGGCCACGCGCGGGGGACCACGCCGGCCCGCGCCAGGGAGCACGCGUCGCCUCCAGCCGCUGACGCAGACGAGGGUGUAGUGUAAGGUCUAGUCAGUCAGCGGGUCAUGCAUGACUCAUGACGCCGCGGACUUUAGCCACUAAUUCGAAGUUUUGUAAAGCGUCGUGUGUGGUGUCUCGUGAGUGCUGCCGGCGGGGGCAGGUGUUCAGUGGGCUCCGCGCACCUGUCCGCGGCCCCGUGCCGCCACACCCCACACCACACCACACCACACCACACUGCCACACCCCUCCACACCACACACUGCCACACCCCUCCACAUCACGCCGAGUGCCACGCCCUCCACACCACACGCCCCGCACCACGCACCAUCACACCACUACACCACCCCGCACACACGUCACCCACUGAACACUUGCACUCCGGCCGGGCUGUUUAUUUGGGAAACUGGCUCUAGUGUUAAGUUCUCUCCACGCCCCCCAUCCCCGCCCCGCCCCUCACCCACCACCAGUGGGCCUCUCGUUUCCCUUGUCAUUCCACUCUCGUUCAGACUUAAGUCGUCACUGAGUCACAAAGUCUUCCGGACUGUGCCAGAAGUGUCCACGUGACCUCAUGACCUCUCCCCGUUUUCUGUCGCAUCACUGUCGGUGUUUCCUUCGUUCCCUCAGCCGUUCACAGCCCCGGUACGCCAGCCAGCCAGCCAGUCUUGUUGGCAGCCAGUUUCCCUGUUAACUCCAGAAUUCACAAAUCGAUGUCCAUUAGCACUCGAGGUGUCGGUAUGUUAGAUGUAAGACACUUCAUUACUCGUGGCGGACUCUCGCCGAUCACUAUAUCAACUCUCCUUCUCCUCCACACUGACCCAAACCUUUAUCCACUUUAUCCACCUCCCUUUCCUCUCCCUCCACACCCCUAGUCAGUCACAAGGCCACAGCGGCGUCUCCGUCACCCGGCUCACUCCUUCUAGUCACCACCAACACCACCACCACCACCACCACCACCCAGCCCUCCGCCGCCUCUCCCCGCCACCAGCUCCUCACUCACACCUACCAACUAACUAACUAAUGAACUAACUCCUCAAAAUUCCUCACGUUGAAAUGAAAUAAGAUGAUAAAGAGAGAAGCCUUCAUCCCUGCACUGUGGUUCCCCAAGGACAGACACACUUCGAUGUAUAACGCCUUCACUAAUAGUCAUGUUGAAUAUAAUUACUUGUAACUAACCUAACCUAACCUAACUGACUAUUUAACUACCUGUCUUCCUCUCUCCCUCUCUCGCCUCAUUCACUGCUCUCCUGUCUCCGUCUCUGUCUCCCUCUGUCCUUAGUGUUCCUUCCUUAGUGAGUGUGUGCGUGUCUGGCCUGGAAGAUGAAGAUGGAGAAGAUGAAGAAGAUGGCUUAGAGUCUGCAUCAAUAUUCCUUGUAAAGUUGUUAAUACACUGACCUCUCUCUCUCUCUCUCUCUCUCUCUCUCUCUCUCUCUCUCUCUCUCUCUCUCAGACGCCUAGAUUACGUAAAAUGAUAUAAAAUAAAAAAAUAAGAUAAAAAAUACAAAAUAAAAAUGCAAAAAACGAAUGAAUGGAUAAAUGACUAAACAAUUAAAUAAAUACUACCUACGUACAUACUACAUAACAUUAAUAAAAAUAAAUAAAAAAAGCAUCAUCUGUAUCAUAUAGUUGCAAAGUUAUAUACAGAGUCCAUAUAUAUGUAUAUUCUCCCUCCCAUACCCUUCCUUCCUUCCUCCCUUCCCUCUACUCUCCUCCUCUCUCUCUCUCUCUCUCUCUCUCUCUCUCUCUCUCUCUCUCUCUCUCUCUCUCUCUCUCUCUCUCUCUCUCUCUCUCUCUCUCUCUCUCUCUCUCUCUCUCUCUCUCUACUUUCCUAUUAUAAAAAAAAAGAAUGAUAUUUAUUUAACGAUUCCAUAUUUGUGUUCUGCUUUGACUUUCCUCCUCCUUCUCCUCCUCUUCCUCCUCCUACUGAUUAACCUUCCUUUCCUCCUACUCUUCCUCCUCUUUUUCUUCUUCCUCCUCCUCCUCCUCCUCCUCCUCCUCCUUCAUGACCCCGUACCCUCCCUCCGAGUCCUUUUCCGCCGAGUCCAUCCCAGCCCCUUUCCUUCCUACCUCCUUCAUCGCCUGCACAGAAUUCCAACAGCAGUAGAGUUCUUGGGUCCUCGCAGCGCCCACACCCACACACACACCCACACACUCCCACACCCAAGCCAACACACCCUUACACCAUCUACUUCCCUCCCUAUGUCUCUUUCUCUCAAUGUGGCGGUAUAAAAAAAUUGCAAUGUGGUUCUUCAGAUUUUUCAUGUAAUAAAAUGAGGCAUCGCGCUAAUGUUCGGAGGAUUAAUGUGCUAAAAAGGUUGAUCUGUCUCGUCUCGCCCUUAAUGUUCUGGUUGUCAUAUUUUCGUGGAGGUUUGAUGUGAUGUUUCCUACUGAGAUUAUUUAUUUAUUUUUUUUUUAUGCAUCUGCACUUAUUGGGAAAGAUCACUCAGUCCUUUCCCUUUCUCUUCCAUCCCAUUCCUUCCUUUCCUCUCUUCCUUCCUCCCUUCCUUUCUCCCUCGUGACUUCCUUGCUAUCUUACAUGUAGUGAUUUGAUAAGAGACACACGCACAUGCACAUAUGCACACACACACACACACACACACACACACACACACACACACACACACACACACACACACACACACACACACACACACACACACACACACACACACACACACACACAGACACUCAUACACCAGCACACAUUCACCUCCCCCCUCACCACUACACCACGCCCUUUAUAAACCACCUUAACUAACUCCUCACUUCCUUAAUCUUACACCGUCACAGACACCACCACCACCACCACCACCACACCACCACCACCAGACACCACCACAAACUUGUCAAAAAGCACCUUCCGUUCUUACACACCCACCCAAACACAAUUGACUUACCAACCACUCCCUCACCGCUUCCCUCACGCCCUCACUCCCUCCCUUACCACCCACACCCGCAACACUCCCACACCCCAGGGCAGGGCUCGGCGGCCCCAUCCGUGUUGUACAUCACUGCUGCGUCCAGGCUCUUCGGCUGACACUUUUACAGAGGCCAGCUUGUAAAAAAUAACACACAAACCAAA